ACACCUUAAUCAUCAUUCUUCGUCUACUUUAUAUUUGAUUUUUUUAGCAAAUUUGUAAUACUACUUAAUAACAUGUCUUCACAAAAGAGGGGUUCUAAUUGGAGUUACAAUGAAGAUGUAUUCUUGUGUAACUCUUGGGUGUCUAUUUCUGAAGAUGGUGCAGUCGGAAUCAAUCAAGCAGGCAAUUCAUUCUGGUUCCGAGUUCACAAUCUGUUCUGCGAAAAGGCAAAUUCGAUAGUUCGAACUAGGGAGGCUGUUGAAUCACGCUUUAAAGUUAUUAAUCAUCAGUGUUCUUUAUGGAAGGGAAGUUUGCAAAAAGCAAAUGCAACCCAGAGAAGUGGAUCCAAUCUGAUCGAUGUGACAAUUGCCGCACAAACAAUCUUUGUAAAUGACAAUCAUAACAAGGCCUUUAAGUUUGACCAUGCCUGGCAUAUACUUCAAGCAUGCCCAAAGUGGUAUCAUCAAUUUGAUACUGCUCCCACUUUUAUGCCCAUACCUUCUGUCACUCCCGAUACGUUUGUUGGAGGAAGUAGUGGUUCCUCUCCUUGCGAUGGUAUAAGUGGUCCUCUUUGACGCCCCGAGGGUCGUGACAAACAGAAGGGAAAGAAAAUGGUUAAAAAUAAGAAUUCAAGGACGGACCCUGUGAUGCUCGAGUACAUGGAAAGAAUGGUGAAGCAAGGCGACCUAAUGGAAAAGAGAAGAGAGGAGCGGUAUGAGGCGGCUAAGGUGAAUGCUGAUACGACUACAAGACUUAGACAUAUAGAUGUCGUAACCAUGGAUCUAAGUCAAUACUCACCGAGAAAGCAGAAGUGGCUAAGGGAACAACAAAAUGCCAUUUUGGGAUAUGAUCAAGAUGCCCCGAGUACUGAUGCCGCCACUUCUGCGUAUGGGGAUGACACUUUCCUACUUUUGACUAGGGCAUGAAUGGUGUAGUCUUUCAGUUUUCAUUUUUGUUAAUUAAUUCCAGUGUAUUUCAGUUUUCCUUUCUGUUAUUUAAUUCCGAUGUAUUUCAAUUUUUGUACUAGUUAUUUAAUUCUAGUGUAUCUUGGUUUUCGUUAUUUAAUUCAAUUUCAUUUCAGUUUCAUUAUUUAA